CAUAAUGUUCAGUAUCUUCGUUUGAACGAAUGUGCAUUUUUAAAUAAAUAAAAAAUGACGCUGCAAUUACGUGAUGGCGUAAACAAAACAUUUUUCACCGGAUCAUUGAAGCGAUUUGUUUGAAAGAGCCGAUUCUCGGAAUGAAUCGGACUUCUCUUCACUAUCUUUCUCUAACGCUCCUCCCUAUGCGUGACUGUAGGAGUCAUGUGCGGGUUUGGUCCUCUGGGCCACCGUAGCGGCUGUCACACCCGGAAGUUUACGUUAGUGAACCUCGAAGGGUGACAGCACAAUGCCAGACUGCACAGGAUACAGCACUUAAAAAGAAAAAAUAAUAAUAUUACACGUACCGGCAUUUAUGCGCACUGCAUUAAUGUAACAUUUUAAGCAUGGCUGCGGAGUUUUUAGUGAUGCUGUAUGAGUAUUCUCCUCUCUUUUACAUUACUGUCAUAGCAGUAUGUUUCAUCAUCACCGUGGCUGUUGUGUUGGGCUGGUUUGGAUUUGAUGUCCCAGUCAUUUUGCGCAGUUCAGAUGAGACUGAAUCUCUAAUAGCUGUCAGUGAGAGGAGGAUGGUGCAGGUGACCAAUCCCUUGGCUUUGGAGAUGGGCUCCACGGCUGCUGGGACAGUAACUGGGGGGGUGAGUUUGCGGCCGUAUUGUCUUGAAGACUGCAUCCUGAGCUGUUUUUGGGGUUGUGGGGUCCAGGCUCUCCAGACGGCCCUUCAGAGUCACCAGCACGGGCUCCGGCUCCGCACACCAGAGCAGUUUCAAGAGGCUCUGGAAUUAAACUACCAUCACCAUCAAAGCUUCAAUAUACAUAAAGAAGAAAAAGAAGAAUGCUUCACCCUGAUCCCGCCAGAUCUCGGAGUGACCCAUUUUGGGUUGCUCCCCCGGGAUCGAUACCCCUUGGUGGCUGUGCUGACACUUGCCAAUCCAGAAACCAGGGACAACUACAAUAUUGUGGCCAGUGUGACGGUGCUCCACGUUCCUGAUGACAAAUACAGACUCUCUGCGAGAAUCUUGUUUCAGUAUCUUCUCACGGCACAUGGGAAUUUGUACGAUCUGAAGCCUCUCUUCAUGUCAGCAGACAACAGCAACUUGUCUGGAACCACAGAGCCUUCAACUAGCACACAAGGGGCGGAGCCACAGCCCGAAAGGCCAGGUGAGAAGUGGGAGGAGUCUGAUACAGAAGGGGAGUGGCCUGAUGUCCAAGGCAAGGACUGUGUGGUGUGUCAAAACGCACCGAUAAACAGAGUGCUGUUGCCAUGCAGACAUGCAUGCGUAUGUGACGGCUGUGUGUGCCACUUCCAGCACUGUCCGAUCUGCCGGGCGUUUGUCCUUGAAUCUUUUGCUCUUGCUAACCAGCAAGUUCGUGAUGAGGAAGAGGAGGAGGACUUAGAAGACUAAACUCAGUAUUAAAAGCAAGCCUUUGCUAGAAAGGCUAAACUCGAAAAGGAAACACAGCAUCUUUAAGAUAAAGAGAAGUAUGGACACUUCUAGAAUGAUGUCAGUUUUAGGCUUUUGAAGUUGAGUGUGUUUGUAAGAUUUGUUUAAUAUAGAGAUUUUAAGUUGAAUAGAAUAUUUAUUUAUUUUUGUCAAUAUAUUGGUUUAACUAACAAAUAUAUGUUUCUGAAGGAAUCAUUGUGGCGUUUUCAAGAGAUAUUGUGGAAGCAACAUGGGAGUUUAUCAUAUUUCUUUAAUCAUUGACUUUAAUGAUGUGGAAAAGCAGGCCAGGCACACACAGUUUAUAUAACUGAUCACACAGAUUUCUACACAGAAGUCUACACUUGGCCAACAGGUAAAUAUUUUUUUUAAUCAAACUGGGGCUAAACAAUGCAUUAACUGAAAUGCUGAAGUCACUUGAUGGUAGUAAUGGAAAUGCAUCAUCAGAAUGCUUUAAAAUAUUGAUAAAAAAAAAAAAAAAAAACUAUUUCUGUAACAAAAAAAAAAAAAAAAACAACAAAAAAAGAAGUGUUGUGUCCAUGGACAGUACUGAGUACUGACCGAAAACCCUCACAUUUAUACUUUGCACAAAAAAUGUGGUUUUAUACAGGCUUGUAGUCGAGUUUGGACUCCAGCUUCUUGGAGUCUGCCACCUUUCUCACAGCUUUCAUGAAAUCCUCCUGAGUCACGUACUCGUGAUCGGCACGGAUGGCAAACAUACCUGUUGGAUAAUAAGGAGGAGAGCUCAUACAAUACUAUAGGAAUUCUAGAGGCUCAAAGUUUCAAGGUCUAGCUGGUCAGCGUCAUGCUAUUAGACCAUCAUUGAACUGUAACUGUAAAGGGACUAAUGUAAUGUGGUAUAAAUGUAAUUUAAUUACUAUGUUCAGAUGAGUGACUGUUCAGUGUGUGCUUUUGUUGUGCUUUAUUACAGUGGGCGAAUUUUAGAAUGUUCAUGUUUUAACAAUUAUUUUGCACAUGAAGUUUAUUCUACAUAAAAACAUAUACUAUAGUGGUUUUCAUAGCCUUCAACUGACACACUGUAUGAAGGAAAACAUUGGACAUGAAAGUAGCAAAACUUUUUAAAAUAAAAUACUCAAAAUAAACAGACUUUUAUCUGAUUAAUCAAAGACAAUUAAACAGUUCAGCCUAAUUAUUACCAUUGUGCACAUUUAUAGUUUUUAAAUCAACAGCAGAUUUAAAUUUUUGGGCAAACUAUUCCUUUAAUGUUUCUUAAGGGCUCCUUGAUUUGCACAUCGCAAUGCAUGUAACAUUUCUUACCAGCUUCAGUGCACACAUUCCUCAAAUCAGCUCCGUUGAAACCGUCUGAAAGCUUGACGAUGGCCUCAUAAUCUGGAGACGAAAGGAAAUAUGAUGAGAGAGGAAAAAGAAGGAUUUUAAAAA